GCCCGCCCCCCCCCCUUUCCGCCUGCCGCUUUUGCCUUCUUCAUCGCACCUUCCCUUCGCCCCGACGCGCACGUCCAACGAGCGCCUCCCUCGCCGCUUUCUCGGAGAGAAGCCCUCUCGCCGCCCGCGGGAGCGGUAGGUUCCUCCGCCCUUUUCUUUCGCCCUUCCUCCUCCUCCCCCCGGCCAACCCAGCCGCGCACAAGUGCAUACCAUGCUUUCAGGUCGGAUCUUUCAGGCUGUCUUUGGUGGUGGCGCGGCGGCUGACGCGGCCGCCGGUCCGGACGCCGCCCAGCGGCCAGCCUCCUCUGGUGCCGGCUCCACCGACGCCACCACUGGCAUCCAAACGGCCGAGGAUCCCUCCAAGACCCCGGUUCCCGGCUCUCCGGCCGCCGGCGUCCCGCCCAAGUCCAAGAAGGUCUACGGCGCGAGCUACAUGCAUGCGGUGUCGGUGGAGUCGCUCAGCAGCACGCCCUCCUCGCCCGGGGUUGGCUCCCCCGUCGUGACCAAGGCUGUCGUUGCCCCGGCAUCGACCACUGCCACUGCCACCGCUACCCCGACCAGCCCCACGUCCGACGGCCCACACGACGACCACAUCUUCGACCAGGCAGCCUUCCUCGAGGCUGCCAAGGACAUGUCCCCCGAGGAUGCGGCUCUGUUCAAGCGCAAGCUCCAGCAAAUGAACCGCCUCCUGAAGGAUGAGCUGGUUGAGCUAGACCAGCAGGCGUCCAUGCUUGAGAAUCUCUCGGAAAAUGCCGACUUCUCGCGCAGUAACACCGACUCGCGGCCCAGCCUCAAGGACAUGAAGAAGCGCUCAGCCCAGAGCCGCUUCGACCAGCUCUUCGAGGAGGAUACCAACGCCCCGAACACCCUGCGCAAGCUGCGCGAGGGGCUGGCCCAGAAGCAGAGCGAGAUCCUGCACCUGCGCCACGAACUGGCGGCGGCCAAGCUCCGCGAGCAAAACCUCGAAGAGGAGAACCUGCGCAUGCUGUCCCGGCCGCCGCACUCCGGCAUCCCCUCGCCGGUCUUCAGCCCCGGGGACAUCGAGGAUUUGGAGCGCCUCGUGCGCGAGGCACAGACCCUCUUCUCGGAAGAGCGCCAGGCUCGCACGUCGGUCGAGAACAAGCUGACCGUCACCGAGUCCGAGGUGGCCACCUUGCAGCGGCGCAUUGGCAGCCUGGAGACGCAGCUGGCUUCGGCCACAUCCGAGGCGGCACUGGCCCGGUCGCGACUGGAAUCGGCCGAGAGCCGGGCCGUGUCGGCCGAGAACAAGGCCCGCGCGGUCCUGGCCGACCUGGAGACGCGCCUGGCAUCCACCAUCAACCCGAGCCCGACGCAGGCCAAGUUUGACAGCCAGCUCGCGGAGCUCCGGCGCCAGAUCGAGACCCUGGAGACGUCGCUGCGGGCGGCCGAGCGCCAGGCCCUCGACUCGGACACGGAGCUUCGCACCACGCGCCAGGCUCUGAGCCAGUCGGAGACCGCCCUGGAGAUGGCCAACGCCGAGCUGUCCAAAUCCCAGCUGGAGGUGGCGCGCCUGGCCAGGCGGUGCGCCCGCCUCGAGGCGCGUGAGACCCCGGCCGGGCCGGCGCCCAGCAGCGCCGCCGGGUCGGCCUCCUCGACGCCGCUGGUGGCCGAUUUGGCGGCCGCCCUGCGGGCGCCCUCCCCUCCCCAGGCCAAGGGAUCUCCCGCCGGGGCGGCAGCGGGCACCGGCAGUGGCAGCGCCGCGGCCGGGUCCAGCCCCGGCGCCAGCCCCGGCCCCGGCAAGCCUCCUUCGGCACAGCCGUCGCCGACCUUGAUCCCGGCGAAUGUCCGCGAGCAGGCGACCCCGGAGGCGACGGCGGUGUCCCCCGCGCCGGGGGUAGUUGCCCCGGCGUCCGGCGCCGAUGCCGGUGCGGGUGUCCCGGCGGCGGCGGCGGCGGCGGCGGCGGCGGCGGCUGCUGCUGCUGGUCCCGGCCCCAAGCGGCCGCCCAAGUCCAUCCUCAAGCCUUCCAACACCAAGUCCACUCCUCGUCGGGAUCUGCGCUUCAACCUGGCGGUGCUCAUCCUCGAUGGGGCCUUCUACGGGGACCUGGAUCUGGUGAAGAAGUGCGUGGAGUCGGACUCGACACCGCCGCUGGGGGCGGCCGGUCCGCGCCGCACCGGCGCCCCUGCGACUGGCGUUCCGGCUCCCGGCUCGACGACCGGCUACCGGCCGGUGGACGACCAUAUCCCGGUGGUGGAUCGGUCCAAUGACGAAGGCUUGACGCCGCUCCACUGCGCGGCCUGCAAUGGCUAUGUCGACAUCACCGAAUACCUGCUGAGCAAGGGCGCUCGGCCGAACGUGUUUGAUGUCGAUGGCUGGACCCCGCUGCACGGCGCGGCGUCCUGUGGCAGCCUCGAUGUUGCCCGGCAGCUGAUUCUCUCCGGGGCCAGCCUGCUGGCGCGCAAUGUCGAGGAUGACACUCCGCUUACGCUGUCCUCCUGCCCGGAUACGGCCAAGCUCAUUGAGACCGAGCUCCACUCCUUCCUGACCGCCGAGGAGAUCUUCGCCAUCUUCGAUCGGACUCCGGCCGAGUGUGAGAACCCGGAUGAGCUGGCCUUCUCCAUGGGGGAGAAGUUCGUGGUGGUUUCUCGCUCGGAGUCCUUCGACCCGGAGGACCCGACCUCGGUGUCCGGGGCCCCGGACACGCCCAUGAGCCCGGACUCGCCGACCAGCGUCCUGGAGCAGUCGUCGUGGUGGUUUGUCCGCUCGGCGACCGAUCCGACGCGCUCUGGCUGGGUUCCGAACAACUAUUUCAGCGCAUACCGCCCGGUGCAGGUGGACUGCUGAGGAGAGGCUGUCCCCUUUUCCCCUCCAGAGGGGGAGGGGGCGGCGGCGAGAGGAGGAGGUGUGUGCAGGGGCGAU